AUUGUCACAUGAUCAUCUCCAGCACAAACAGCACAAAUCUGCCGCUCCAUAUUUCAUGGUAACUGACUCAGAGCUGGACCAACAACGCCGAGUGGAAUGAGAGCAGAUCAGAGAUGGAGAAGGCCUUACCAGUUCAGCUGCUUGAAACGUUGAAGAAUUUGGGAGAGGAGGAGCUGAAGCUUUUUCACUUUUACCUGCAGUAUGAACCUGGAGGUGAAUUCCCCAAAAUCUAUAAGAGCCAGCUGGAGAAUGCAGACAGGCUGAAAACUGUAGAAGUGAUGGUGCAGGCGUAUUCAGACCAUGUGAUGGAGGUAGCGAUGUUGAUUUUAGAGAAGAUGAAAGAAGGAAGUCCCUCAGCACAGAAAGCUUCAUCACUUUCAUCAGAAGAGGUUCUUCAAAAGUGUCGGGGUAAACUUAAAUCUAAGCUGAAGAAGAAGUUCCAGUGUGUGUUUGAGGGGAUCGCUAAAGCAGGAAACCCAACCCUUCUGAAUCAGAUCUACACAGAGCUCUACAUCACAGAGGGAGGGACUGCAGAGGUCAAUGAUGAACAUGAGGUCAGACAGAUUGAAACAGCAUCCAGGAAACCAGACAGACCAGAAACAACAAUCAGACAAGAAGACAUCUUUAAAGCCUCACCUGGAAGAGAUGAACCAAUCAGAACAGUGCUGACAAAGGGAGUGGCUGGCAUUGGGAAAACAGUCUUAACACAGAAAUACACCCUGGACUGGGCUGAAGACAAAGCCAACCAGGACAUCCAGUUCAUAUUUCCAUUCACUUUCAGAGAGCUGAAUGUGCUGAAAGAGGAAAAGUUCAGCUUGGUGGAACUUGUUCAUCACUUCUUUACUGAAACCAAAGAAGCAGGAAUCUGCAGCUUUGAAGACUUCCAGGUUGUGUUCAUCUUUGAUGGUCUGGAUGAGUGUCGACUUCCUUUGGACUUCAGCAACACAGAGAGUGUGACUGAUAUUACAGAAUCCACCUCGGUGGAUGUACUGCUGAUUAACUUCCUCAGGGGAAAUCUUCUUCCCUCUGCUCACCUCUGGAUAACCACACGACCUGCAGCAGCCAGUCAGAUCCCUCCUGACUGUGUUGGCAUGGUGACAGAGAUCAGAGGGUUCACUGACCCACAGAAGGAGGAGUACUUCAUGAAGAGAUUCAGAGAUGAGGAAAAGGCCAGCAGGAUUAUCUCCCACAUCAAGAUAUCACGAAGCCUCCACAUCGUGUGCCACAUCCCAGUCUUCUGCUGGAUCACUGCUACAGUUCUGGAGGAUGUGCUGGAAACCAGAGAGGGAGGACAGCUGCCCAAGACCUUGACUGACAUGUUCAUCCACUUCCUGGUGGUUCAGGCCAAAGUGAAGAAGGUCAAGUAUGAUGGAGGAGCUGAGACAGAUCCACACUGGAGUCCCAAGACCAGGAAGAUGAUUGAGUCUCUGGGAAAACUGGCUUUUGAUCAGCUGCAGAAAGGAAACCUGAUCUUCUAUGAAUCAGACUUGACAGAGUGUGGCAUCGAUAUCAGAGCAGCCUCAGUGUACUCAGGAGUGUUCACACAGAUCUUUAAAGAGGAGAGCGGACUGUACCAGGACAAGGUGUUCUGCUUCAUCCAUCUGAGUGUUCAGGAGUUUCUGGCUGCUCUUCAUGUCCAUCUGACCUUCAUCAUCUCUGGAAUAGAUCUGCUGCAAGAACAACAAACAACCUCCAUGUGGUCUAAAUUAUUUAAUACACCAAGACUAAAAUCUCUCCACCAGAGUGCUGUGGACAAGGCCUUACAGAGUCCAAAUGGACACCUCGACUUGUUCCUCCGCUUCCUCCUGGGUCUUUCACUGCAGACCAAUCAGACUCUCCUACGAGGUCUGAUGUCACAGACAGGAAGUAGCUCACAGACCAAUCAGGAGACAGUCCAGUACAUCAAGAAGAAGCUCAGUGAUAAUCUGUCUGCAGAGAAAAGCAUCAAUCUGUUCCACUGUCUGAAUGAACUGAAUGAUCGUUCUCUAGUGGAGGAGAUCCAACAGUCCCUGAGAUCAGGAAGUCUCUCCACAGAUGAACUGUCUCCUGCUCAGUGGUCAGCUCUGGUCUUCAUCUUACUGUCAUCAGAAAAAGAUCUGGAUGUGUUUGACCUGAAGAAAUACUCUGCUUCAGAGGAGGCUCUUCUGAGGCUGCUGCCAGUGGUCAAAGCCUCCAACAAGGCUGUGUAA